AGAAUGGCCCAACCCAACUCGGUGGCAUUGGGCUUUUCCUCGCUUCUCGUAUUCUUCUUUCUUCUUCGCUCCAAACUCAAACGAAGCUUCCUCUGCACGCAUAACGCAACGUCCAUGACUCCUCCCUGCGUCGAGUGCGGCAAAACCUCCUUCAUCCGCGACGAUGACACCGGCGAGUUGCUCUGCUCCUCCUGCGGCGUCGUCCAGCAGUUCGACCAAUUCGACGCCCAAAUCGGCGGCCUCGACGGUCCCACGGGAACCUUCGUCCACGUCGGCACCGCCGGUUCCGGCAACGUUUACUCCUACCGCGAGAGGAAGCUAUUCUCCAUCGACGAUUUAACCUAAUGGUUAGGGUUAUCCUCCGAGAGCGUCGACAUCAGAAGCAUGAUAUCCGUGAUCACCGAGGGCGAGUUCGGCCAGGGCGAUUGGUUCAACGUGCUCGUCGGCGCGUGCGCCUACGUUGUCAUGCGGAGGGACGCCCGCCCCUUGCCAAUGGCGGAGGUGGCCCCCGCCGUCGGUUGCGGCGUUUACGAGCUCGGUAGGAUGAUUCUUCGCGUUAUUGAUUUCCUUGAUUUGAGACCUGAUUUUCCUGAGUUUGACAUUGUGCAUUCGUUGGAACGUACGAUUAAGAAUUGCGCCUGUUUUGCCUCGGUUGAGAGGAGUGUGGCGGAGAGGAUGAUGAAGCAGGGGGUGUUUUUGAUACAGUGUGCGGUGAAGUGGUUUCUGAGCACCGGCCGCCGCCCGAUUCCGCUGGUGGUGGCGGUGUUGGUUUUCGUGGCGGAGUUGAAUGGAGUUGGUGUGAGGAUGGAUGAAUUGGCUAAGGAGGUUCAUUCGAGGGUUUCCACUUGUAGAGCUAGGUACAAGGAGCUGCUUGAGACGCUUGUGAAAGCUGCUCAGGUGUUGCCUUGGGGGAAGGAUGUUACGAUGAAGAACAUUGUCAAGAAUGCGCCAAUUGUGAUUCAGUAUAUGGAGAGGAAGUCUAUGUUGAAGCCUGAGGAGAAGAGGGAGGGGAGGGAGAGUCUUGAUCGACCUAGGGUGGAUUUGGAGGAUGUGGUUGCUGAAUGCUUGAGGCAUGAUGGUGAAUAUGAAUAUGGGGUUGAUGGGGUUACUACCCGGAAGGAUUCGCGGUAUUUUAUGCUAAAGAGUCGUAAUGCUGGUAGGCCAGGUGCUGAGGGUGCUGACAGGCUGCAGAUUUCUCAUGAGUGUUUGUCCAUGUUGUAUGAGAAGUUUUUGAAUGAGAACCGUUGUGCUGAGACUUUGAGGAGUAGGAAUAUUCGGAAAACGAAAAGUUUACGAUUUGAUCUUCUGGAGUGUAGGGAAUGGUGGGAUGGAAAAUCAGAAUUGAGCAAAAAGCUUCUGCUUAGACAUUUGCUGGAGAAAGAUGUUGGAGUGGAUACCUUGCCGCCAUCAUUUGUUGCUGGUCAAUUGAAAUGUAAAAUGAGGCAGGAGAGGAUCAACGCUGCUAAGGUGCGGAUAAAAAGAAUCAUGCAUCCGUUAGAUGCUGAUGGGGGUGAUACUGAGAUUUUAGAUAGCUCUUGUCCUGAAAGAAAAAGGAAGAAGAGAAAAGGAACGGUUGUUGAUGAUGUUGAUUGGGAAGACUUGAUUAUUGAGACCCUUGUUCUUCAUCGAGUAAAAGAUGAGGAAAUUGAGAAGGGGCAUUACAAUACCUUACUGGAUCUACAUGUGUUUAACUCUGGCAUUGUAUGACAGAUUUCAGAUAUACAGGCAUUUUUUUGAAAAGUUUCAGAUAUACUGCUGCUGUAAUUUUUAAUUACCCGUUGACAUUUUGUCCUUGACAACCAUCAUAUGAUAGAGCAGCAAGUGUUAUCUUGCUGCAAGUUUUGUACUAGCACUUUUAUAAAUGGAUUGAUAAUGGCAAUUACAUUUCUUUA